GGAGCAUUAGGGGAGGGGUUUCCAAGGCAGCGAAGGGCGCAGUGGCCGGUCCUGUCUGUCCUCCUCCUCCUCCUCGUCCUCCUCCUCGUCCUCCUCCUCCUGACCGACCGGACGGACAGACAGACGGACGGCCCUCGGCCUCUUCCCCUGGCAGAGCAUAAUGGCAUCCCUCAAAGAGAAACUCAUCGCCCCGGUGGCGGAGGAGGCGUCCACCUCGCCCAACAAUAAGAUCACCGUGGUGGGAGUUGGGCAAGUUGGUAUGGCCUGUGCCAUCAGCAUCCUGGGAAAGAGCCUCACGGAUGAGCUCGCCCUCGUGGACGUGUUAGAAGACAAGCUCAAAGGAGAAAUGAUGGAUCUUCAACACGGGAGCUUAUUUCUCCAGACGCCUAAGAUUGUGGCUGACAAAGAUUACUCGGUGACGGCCAAUUCGAAGAUCGUGGUGGUGACGGCGGGGGUCCGGCAGCAGGAGGGGGAGAGCCGCCUCAAUCUGGUCCAGCGGAACGUCAACGUCUUCAAGUUCAUCGUCCCCCAGAUCGUCAAGCACAGCCCCGACUGCACCAUCAUCGUCGUUUCCAACCCGGUGGACAUCUUGACGUACGUGACGUGGAAGCUGAGCGGUCUGCCCAAGCACCGGGUCAUCGGGAGCGGCUGCAAUCUGGAUUCCGCCCGUUUCCGCUUCCUGAUGUCCGAGAAGCUCGGCGUUCACCCCAGCAGCUGCCACGGCUGGAUCCUCGGCGAGCACGGAGACUCCAGCGUGGCUGUGUGGAGCGGCGUGAACGUCGCCGGGGUUUCUCUCCAGGAGCUGAACCCCGCCAUGGGGUCGGAAGGAGACGACGAGAACUGGAAGGAGGUGCAUAAGAUGGUGGUCGACAGUGCCUACGAAGUGAUCAAGCUGAAAGGCUACACCAACUGGGCGAUCGGAUUAAGCGUCGCUGAUCUGAUCGAGUCUCUCCUGAAGAAUCUGUCCCGGGUCCACCCCGUGUCCACCAUGGUCCAGGGCAUGUACGGCAUUGACAACGAAGUCUUCCUGAGCCUCCCUUGUGUCCUCAACGCGCGGGGCCUCACCAGCGUCAUCAAUCAGAAGCUGAAAGACGAGGAGGUAGCGCAACUGAGGAAGAGCGCCGAGACCCUGUGGGCCAUCCAGAAAGACCUCCACGACCUGUGAGCCCUCCCGCGCUCCGGCGUGGCGACCAACGUCCCGCGCGGCCGCCGGGAAUACUCGCCGGUUACCCCCCCCCCCCGGAUCUCGGCCCGCCUCACCGGGCCACCCACCGCCCGCCCCGCCGAGUAAGAGCCGGAUGGAGCGCUCGCGCCGUCGACGAAUAAAGUCGUUUCCCGCAGUGUG